CGCAGCCAUGGCGGGGAUGAAGACAGCCUCUGGAGACUACAUUGAUUCAUCCUGGGAGCUGCGGGUGUUCGUGGGCGAGGAGGACCCUGAGGCCCAGUCAGUCAUCCUCCGGGUCACGGGGGAGUCACACAUCGGAGGGGUGCUCCUGAAGAUCGUGGAGGAGAUCAAUCGCAAGCAGGACUGGUCCGACCAUGCCAUUUGGUGGGAGCAGAAAAGACAGUGGCUGCUACAGACACACUGGACACUGGACAAAUAUGGGAUUCUGGCCGAUGCCCGCCUCUUCUUUGGGCCACAGCACCGGCCAGUCAUCCUGCGGCUGCCCAACCGCCGUGCACUGCGCCUCCGUGCCAGCUUCUCCAAGCCCCUCUUCCAGACUGUGGCCGCCAUCUGUCGCCUGCUCAGCAUCCGGCACCCUGAGGAGCUGUCCCUGCUGCGGGCUCCUGAGAAAAAGGAGAAAAAGAAGAAGGAGAAGGAGCCAGAGGAAGAGGUCUAUGACUUGACCAAGGUCAUCCUUGCUGGCGGCGUGGCGCCCACUUUGUUCCGGGGGAUGCCAGCUCACUUCUCAGACAGUGUCCAGACCGAGGCCUGCUACUACAUGCUGAGCCGGCCACAGCCACCGCCUGACCCGCAGCUGCUCCAGCGCCUGCCCCGGCCAGGUUCCCUAGCUGACAAGACGCAGCUCCAUGGCAGGUGGCUGGACUCAUCGCACUGCCUCAUGCAGCAGGGCAUCAUGGCAGGAGACACACUCUGGCUGCGAUUUAAGUACUACACCUUCUUCGACUUGGACCCCAAGACAGACCCGGUGCGGCUGACCCAGCUGUAUGAGCAGGCACGCUGGGACCUGCUGUUGGAGGAGAUUGACUGCACUGAGGAGGAGAUGAUGGUGUUUGCAGCCCUGCAGUAUCACAUCAACAAGCUGUCCCAGAGUGGAGAGAUGGGCGAACCAGCCAGUGCAGACCCGGGGCUGGAUGACCUGGAUGUAGCCCUGAACAACCUGGAGGUGAAGCUGGAGGGUUCGGCGCCCACAGAUGUGCUGGACAGCCUUACCACCAUCCCAGAACUCAAGGACCAUCUCCGAAUCUUCCGGCCCCGGAAGCUGACUCUGAAGGGCUAUCGCCAGUACUGGGUGGUGUUCAAAGAAACCACGUUGUCCUACUAUAAGAGCCAGGAUGAGGCCCCAGGGGACCCCGUUCAACAGCUCAACCUCAAGGGCUGUGAGGUGGUCCCCGAUGUCAAUGUCUCUGGCCAAAAGUUCUGCAUCAAACUCUUAGUACCCUCCCCUGAGGGCAUGAGUGAGAUCUACCUGCGGUGCCAGGAUGAGCAGCAGUAUGCCCACUGGAUGGCUGGCUGCCGGCUGGCCUCCAAGGGCCGCACUAUGGCGGACAGUAGCUAUGCCAGUGAGGUGCAGGCCAUACUGGCCUUCCUCAGUCUGCAGCGGGCAGGCGGCGGGGGUUCUGGCAACCACCCCCAGGGACCUGAUGCCUCUGCUGAGGGCCUCAACCCCUAUGGACUUGUUGCCCCCCGCUUCCAGAGGAAAUUCAAGGCCAAACAGCUGACCCCACGGAUCCUGGAAGCCCAUCAGAACGUGGCCCAGCUAUCACUGACUGAGGCCCAGCUGCGCUUCAUCCAGGCCUGGCAGUCCUUGCCCGACUUUGGCAUCUCCUAUGUCAUGGUCAGGUUCAAGGGCAGCAGGAAAGACGAGAUCCUGGGCAUUGCCAACAACCGACUGAUCCGAAUUGACUUGGCUGUGGGUGACGUGGUCAAGACUUGGCGCUUCAGCAACAUGCGCCAGUGGAAUGUCAACUGGGACAUCCGGCAGGUGGCCAUCGAGUUUGACGAGCACAUCAACGUGGCCUUCAGCUGCGUGUCUGCCAGCUGCCGGAUCGUGCACGAGUACAUCGGGGGCUAUAUUUUCCUGUCAACUCGGGAGCGGGCCCGCGGGGAGGAGCUGGACGAGGACCUCUUCCUGCAGCUCACAGGGGGCCAUGAGGCUUUCUAAGGGCAGCCUGACUAUCUCUGCUCUGCUCGCCACCUGCCACAACCACUCCUAACCCCAGACCCACUGGGCUUCACUACCCCACCCCUCUUCAGGCAUGUGUCCAGUUGGGCA